UACAGAGCUGGUAAUCAGUGUCGAAAACGAAAGUAGCAUUCGCGCAAGUCUGGAAAAAGGGAAGGAGUAACCAGACCGACUUCUACUUUAUUUCGAUUCAUAUAUUCAUUUUAAUUGCAUUCAACACAUACUUGGAAAUGGAGGAAUCAGAUUCAUCUGAUUCAAGUGAAAAUGAACAGUUACAUAACAUGCAGCAAGACAUAGCUGCAAAAGAAGAUAGUGGCAGGCUUAGCCCUUAUUCAGAUUCUGAUACAGAGGACUCUUACAGUAAACAAAAAUCUAUGCUUAACAUUUGCAAGCCUUUGCAUGUUCCUGGAAAGUACAAAGAAUGUGAAAGGCCCGAAUCGCAAGAUCAAUCAAGUCCUGGAGUAUUUGCAAUGGAAUGCUCUGAACAAGACAAGAGGAUGUGUGAAGAGUCAACUGAUAGGAACAUUGAAGAUUCUGUGGAAGUAAAGAUGAAAGAAGACUGCAAUUAUGAUGAUGCAGAUUUUGCCUUGACUGGUAUAUUUGAAAAGUCAAUGAUGGUGAUCCCAUCUAUGGAUGAAGAUACAGAAAGAACAGAAGCCACUGUUGAAAGUCAAAAAUCCCCAUCAGAGUCAGCUAUAAUUGUUGAUAAUGACUUAUUUGACCAAGAAAAUGUGGAUACAAAAUCAUCUAGUAUUAAACCUAAAAUUCCACCUAAACCAGCACCAAGAAAAUCUAAAAGCAAAGAAAGAUAUUCUGAUAAGCAUAUCCAAAUGAUUGAUGAGUUACCAGAAAAGAAACAAAGACCUUUACCAUCCCCUAGAAUGGAUAGGAAGACAGAAGAAAACUGUCCACUAUUUGAGACAGAACAACAUUUGGAACAUACCAAGAAUCCUAAAGAAACAAAUGAAGAUAAGUCAGUUUUAAAAGACACUUCUGAGUAUGAUACUCUUGAAAAGCCAAAUGCAGAAGAUGUAACAGAUGAUGAGGAGGUAGACACUGUUGAUAUAGGCAGUGCUCAAGAAUGUACAAGUGAAGACAACUCAAUCAAACCAGAUGAGGCUGAUACUUGUUUUGAAAAUAAUUUAGAACAAGUUGCAAAAGAGAGAAUGCACUCACCUGAUACAGAUGGAGAAGAAAUUCAACUUCAAGCAUCUACUGCUAGUAGCAGUUUUGAAGUAGUAGAUGAUUUAAAAAGCUUUGAAAACAAAGAUGAGGAGAUUGAGAAAGCAGAAAUGUCAGAGGACAAUGAUUCAGAUGAAGAUAAUGCAGCAAAUUUUGUGAAUGAUUUCAAGGAUUCUGAUUCAGGGAAAGAUGAUGUUAGUGCUAAGAAUUCAUCCGAAUCAGAGCCAGAAGGUGCAUUUGAAACACCUGAAAACCAGUCAUUUGAGAAAGAAGAUGAAAUAUUUUAUGAUUCUACACCAAUGCAGACAGAAGACAAUCAAUCCUCAUCCCAGGGGGGUGACAUACUAUCUGUUAAAGAAAAUACUGAUGAAGUCCCUGAAAUAGAAAAGGAAACAAAAAACUCAUUUGCAGAAGAGCUGUCCAAAAAAGAUACUGUAAGUGUGCAAAUGAAAAUUAAAACAUUUGAAGAUUCAGUUGUGGUCAUUGGGAAAGGCACAAUUAAGGAAGAAUAUGAAAGCAUGUCUAGUACAGUUUGCAGUGAUGAUUUAAAUAAUUUGACUACUGUUCAAGAUACAGAAUCUAAGGUAGAAUUUGGAUCUAUUCGAAAUAGAAUAAGUAUGUUUGAAGAGAAAGGAAGGGACGAAAAUGAAGAUUCUGACAGGUCUGAUCUUGUAAGAACAAGUAAAAGUUGGUCAAGCAAUUCAAGUUUUAAUGUAUUAUCAAGAGAAGAAAGUGAAGAUUUAGAAAUGAGGUCAGAUGUCAUUUCCACAGAAGAAAUUGUUCUGGAAGAAAACCAUGAUGGUAUAAGUGACGAUACGGAAGAGAAUGUUGAAACUAUCCAUAUUGAUCAAGAUGAUUUUGGAGAGAAUAAAGAGGAUACCUUGGAAGAUGACAAGCCACCUCCUAUUGCUGAAAAGUCAGAAGCAGUGUUAGAGAGCAUGAAAUCAAUGUUUGUGGAUGUUCCAGAUAUUCCAGAUAUUCCUCCUAGAUCACUUCCACCAGAACAAGAAAUGGACAGCUUUGUUAAAAUAGAUACAGAAACAAUUAAAAACGUUAUUAGUUCAGAUGGAUUACCAAAUGCACAGACUGAUAAACAUGAUGCAAAUUCAGAUGUGUCUGAAGAACAGAAUCCUUCAUACCAACAACAGAACCAAAUACCUAUUUAUGAUAACAUGCAGUAUCAGCAACAACAGUUUCAGCAACAACAACAGUAUCAACCUAAUAAUCCAGGUUGGAACCAACCCUAUUAUUAUCCUAAUCAGGAUGGAAGUUACCCAUAUCAGUAUCCUUUCUACAAUCCAAAUAUGAAUCCAGGGAUGGUGUAUCCAAAUCAAAAUAUGCAAUAUUUUCAACAGCCUUACUUCCCCCAACAAAACUUUGGAAUGCCAUAUGGCUUUUCACAACCAGAUAGAGAGCCAUAUAGAUCAUGUUCACCAGAAAAUUCAACAGCUAGUACCUGUGAUGAAACUGGACCCCAACCACAAAUGGAAAACUUAAGGCCUGAUAGUGAUGAUAGCCUGAAAAGACCUCAAACACAAAAUGCACAUCACACAGAAGUUAGUCAUGAAGCAAAGAGGACUCCGAAAGCAUCUGAAGCUCAACAGUCUCAGCUUACAAAAUCAAAAAGUGAAGACACUAUAAAGGAAAAGAAGGGAAAAGCUUCAUCUGCAGCUGUUAAAAGGUCAACAUCUAUGCCAAGUUCCACUCCAGUUAAAAGAACACCUGGUGGUAGAAAGACUGUUGAAAAAGUAAGACAGACACAUAAAGAGAUUGUAGAAGAGGAACAUGUAGAGACAGUGAAAGAGGAAGAUUACUACAUAUUCUUUAAAGAUAUCAAUCCUGAGACCAAACUUGAUGUUUUGGGGUUAUUCGUGGAAAAUUACACUCGUGGUGUUGUCGACAAUGAUGAUACAAUUUUCAAUUACUCUAAAACAUGUGCUCUUGUCACAGUGUUACUAGAUAAAAAACUAGAUUUACACAAAGUAAAUGCAAAUAAAGAGAGACUAGGCUCAGCCCAGCACAGACCUGAAGUUUUUAAAGUUCAAAGACCAACCAAAAUUGCAGUCAGCAGUGUUGAGCAUAUCAGCAACACAGAGAAUCUAGAUCUUUACUUUGAAAGUCGCAAAGCUCAAGGAAAUGUAGCUUUAAUGGAAUUAAAGGGUGAUACAUUUGAGUCAGAUGAUGGGAGUUGUUAUGUUCUAGAUUUUGGAGAUGCUGAUGUUGUUAAAAGAAUAUGUGAUAAAAAAGGACAUGAAGUUGAUGGGAAACCUCUUCGUGUAUCUCCUUAUUAUGAAUGUGAAGGCGGAGCUAUCUGGAGUUCUAGGAUACAUGUUCUAAAAAUACCAGAACCAGUGGAUGUACAAUAUGAUCCAAAUUAUCUGUGCAUCCUUGAGAGAUCAUGUUGUGCUCAACUGCACGAUGAUUUAAAAAAGAACCAUUGCUCACUGGAAUUCAAGGAAAAAGUGCUACAGCUUCACUGUAUGCUGACACCUGAGAUGACUGGAUUUAAAGGACUUGCUGAGAAAUGGGAGGUAUCUUCAAGAAGUAUUAUUGAUCAAUUCAUAUCCGUGAACAUCAUAGAAAGACCAUUGAAAUCUUCAGAACACGUCUGGAAUGAACUGAUCGAGUUCUUCAAUUCAGAAAAUAUGCAAGCUUGUGAAGAAGUUGUUGCUAGCAUUGACAGUGCAGCUUUUAAAAUAAUAUUCAUUGGCUUCAGUGAUCCAGUCCAAGAUAAAUUAAGACAACUUAAAGAAAAGCAUACAGAAAUUGAAAAACGUCUGAGUAGGAGAACAGAAACAAUAGAUAAUCUUGAUAAUUUGAAACUGAAGCUGUUAGAGAAAAUAGGAGUUUUUGAAGACUUGAAACAUGAACGGGAAGAUAUUAAGAUAGAUAUUGGAGAUGGUGAAUUAAGAAUUGAAGGGCAACCUGAGGACAUUACUGUUGUACGCCUCAAAUGGCACGAUAUGGGUAACAGAAUUUCACGCAAGCAAUGGAACCAUGGAUUUUCAAAGGAAUGUGUAUUUUUUGUGAACAAUGUUUUGACUUGUAAGAUACAAUCACUGUUGGAAGGAAACAACAUAAUUGCUGUUUGGAAAAUGGAUGCUAAAGUGUUUAGUCUUUACGCAUAUGAAGUAGAUGAGAAAGAGAUGGAUUAUGAAGUGUUUGAUGAAGAUGAAAUGAGCUCUCAAGUCUGCAAAAAAGCUGAAGAACUUCUGAAAUCAGCAGUUAUUGAAAUGAAAGAACCUGUUGAAGACAGUAUAAUUGAAGUUCUAACAUCACCUGAAUGGGUUUCAUUCAGUGAACAUAUUACUGAAACAUUUGAGAAUUCUGCUGAAUUAGAGGCCAAGGACAGUGAACUACUUAUACAUGGGAUGAGAAAAGAAACUCAUGAAGUUCAUACCCGUGUGAAAGAUUUCCUUGAUGAAAAUGCCAUCUUAAGUGAUACUUUGAAAACUGGAACAGUAAAUAUCAGGUUUAUCAGAGAACACAGACAGGAUUUUGUUAGUAGACUUGAAAAGAGAUUAGAUAAACACAAAGUGAAAAUUGAACUCAAAGAUGAGUCUGUAAACAUAAGGGGAAAUAAACGAGGUAUUUUUGAAGCAAAGAAAGAGUUUAAGAUAUUUUUUGAUGCAAUUGUUUGGGAGAAACACACCAUACAAAAAGUUGCCGUGAAAAAUGUUUUCAAAGAUGAAAAUGAGCAUGGAACUAUCAAGAAAAUUGAACAAGAAACAAGCUGUCUUAUCAAAAUACCUGGAGAGAAUGCAACAUUUGUUGAAACAGCAGAUAUAGCUGAUGAGGAGAUUGAAGAUAGCGAUGGAUAUAUGAUUCCAAAUUUUUCCAGAGGAGCCACAGGGCCACAUUUUUCCAGAGGAGCCACAGGGCCACAUUUUUCCAGAGGAGCCACAGGGUCCAAUCAAGAUGUGUUUAGACCAGCAGCAUCAGAUUUGUCAUCACCAAGGGAACAAGGAUUUAAAGCACAAAAUGGAGUUAAAGUAUAUCUUGUGAAGGGAGAACUUGGGAAACAAGAUGGUAACAUAAUUGUUGUUACAACAGCACCUAACCUGAACCUGAACAGUGGCAAUGCUUGUAAAUCUGUACUUAGAGAGGGCGGUCAAGAUCUUCAAAAUGAGUGCAAAGAAAAAUAUCCAAAUGAGAUCAAGUUUGGAGAAAUAGCAGUGGUUCAUGGUCAUGGUGCACUUGAAUGCAAUUUUGUUUAUUUGACGACAUUACCAAACUGGAACUCUGAGCAUAACCCUGAACAGAUUGUGGAAAAAGUCAUGAAGGACAGUCUUGAAUUAGCGGAGAAACAUAACAAAUAUUCAAUUGUCUUUUGUGCAAUGGGAACGGGUCAGCUACAGUAUCCAACAGACCUGGUUGCAAGGAUUAUGUACCAGGCAGUUAUCGACUUUGACAAAAGUCAUCCACAAUCUUCAUUGAAAGAGGUCAAAUUUGUCUUGUAUCAGAAAGACUUUGCCACAAUUAAGGCUUUUGAAGAAGAGGAAAAUUUCAGACUGGUAGGUGGAGGAGAAAGGCCAACGUUUGAGUUGAAAACCGGAAAAAUUACAAUAGAGCUAUUAGUUGAAAAUAUCGCUCAACAGAGGGUUGAUGCUAUUUUAUGUUCCACGUCCCCUAGCAUGGAGUUAAAACGAAGUGGUGCAUGCCAAGCACUUGUCAGAGUUGGCGGGAAAACUUUACAAGAUGAGUGUAAAUCAAAGUACGGCAACAAACUUGAGGAAGGAAAUGUUGUAGAAAUAGGGGGAGGAAACUUGUCCUGCAAAUCCGUGUUUUUGACUGUUCUGCCUAGAUUUAAUGCUGAUGCUAUAAAUAUUUUGACAAAGGUGAUCCAAACAAUGCUUAACUUAGCUCAUACAAAAGGAUAUAAAUCAUUAGCGUUGCCAGCAUUAGGGACAGGAUUUCUACAUUAUCCUACAAACGAGGUUUGCCAGUGCAUGUUCCAGACUAUGAUCGAUUGGGCCAAGAAAAAUCCUGCUUCAAGUGUAACAAACAUCCGAUUAAUAAUGUAUGCAAAGGACCAUGAAGUCAUUCAAAAGUUCAAAUCAUACAUCUUAAAUGAAAAGGGCAAGGGAAAAAGGGAACACAGGCGUUCAUCAGGAGACUUAAAAAAACAAGGUGCACAUCAAAAGAAGUUGUUCCCUAGUCUUAUUCCUAAAAAAGAGGAAAAGGCACUGUAUAAUGCACAUGCUGAUGGGGUACAGAUAGGGAAGAUAAAAUUGAAUGUUUUCAAAGGUGAUAUUUUGUCACAGAAAACAGAUGCAAUUGUUUCUAGUGUUGGAAAGCAGUUUGAAUUCAUCGGUGCCGUAGCACAAAUCCUGAAGUCAAAAUGCCCGGAAAUAGAACAGGAAUGUCAAAAGAAAGAAAACAUUGAUAAACUGAAACGUGAUGGUGUGGUGAUGACAAAAGGAUAUCAGCUACAUGUAAAGAAUGUUAUCCAUGUGAAAUACGUUGACCAUAUUGAUGACUGGAAAGCAAGGAUUCUUAAAUGUGUAGAAAAAGCAAAUAAAGAACGUUUAAAGACCAUUGCUUUUCCUGUACUUGGAACAGGGAAAGGUUUUAAAACAUUUAGUCCAGAUGCAAUAGCUGGAUGUUUAUUUGAUGCCGUCAGUGAGUUUGUACAGAAAACUAAAAGUCCAUCAAUAAAGGAAAUCCGGCUGAUAGUGUACAGUGGGCAGUCGGGCAUGUAUAAACCUAUCAUGGAUCAAUUGCACAAGAAAGUUCAAGAGGCAGUUAUGGCAGCAUCUGAUGGAUUGUUCCGGAAAGGGUUUAAAACUGCAACUAAAAUGAAGGACAAGUUUUUUGCUGUUUUAACUGGAAAGGAAGAAGGCACUAUCUCUGAACAAGACAUGAAAAAAUUUAGGCAAGAGGAGUCGUCAUUAGAAGUCCAUAUCUAUUCUGAUUGUAAAUCUAAUAUUGAGAAAUGCAAAAAGGAAUUAGAGGCUAAAUUGGAAGAGUCGUACGUAAAGAAAAAGAUAGAAGACUACAAAGAACUAAUUAAAAAUAUAGAUGCUGAUGAGAUGGAACAAUUAGACACAGCAGCUCUGGCAGACAUCAAUAUAGACAAACAAGCUGGAGUCAUAACAGUAAAUGGACCACAAAAACAUGUUGCUGAGGUUAUUCAUGACUUAAGAAUGAGGCUUUUGAAAAUAGAGCGUCGUAAAAAUGAUAUUGCCACUGCUGAAGAGUUGUAUAAGCUUGUACAGUGGCAGUAUGAGGAAGUAACUGAUAGAGGAUUUGAGUAUACAGUAUAUGAAAAAGGACUGAAUCAGAAGAUUGAAGAAGCAUAUAAGACCAAUGCCGCAACAUAUGAAUUUGAGGAUAAUGAUGGGGAAACGUUUGUAAUUGACUUUAAAAAACUUAUAGAAUAUUGUAAGUCUGAUGACACAAAUACAGUUAGAGUCGUCAGAAAAGAUAUUUUGAAAGCUGUUGCCUCUGCCCUACCAGAGGAUUGGGCGGACAUGAAGGACAACGAAAAUAUUAAAGUUGUUUCUGUACCAAAUACAGAUAAAGAGUUUCAAGAUAUAGAAAAGAACUUCAUCACACAAGUGAAAACUGGAUCAUAUGCACACAGACUCAAUUUUAACGCAAGCAAUUUAAAAGUUAGCAAGAUUGAAAGGAUCCAAAAUAAGGCAUUAUAUCGGCAAUAUCAAGCAAAGAAGAAUCAAAUGAAGGAACAAAAACCAAAUCUACCAGCAAACAUGCCAAUAGAGCGGGAUUUAUGGCAUGGUACAAAGUAUGAAGCGGUCACAAGUAUUCAAAUGCAUGGGUUUAAUAGGAGUUACAGUGGAGAUGCAAAUGGUACUCCAUGGUAUGGUGAAGGUGUAUACUUUGCUUCCGAUGCUUCUUACUCAGCGAGAGGGUGGCUUUCUGGUGCAAAUUUAGGUCCAGGCAGCAAAGGAUAUAUGUUCCUUGUGAAAGCGUUGACAGGCCAGCUCUACCCAGGGACGAAAGGAAUGAAAAUGAGAUACCUGCCACCAGUGGAUAGCAAAAAUCCAACAAUCUUAUACGAUUGUGUUGUUGAUGAUAUAAAAAAUCCUUUGGAGUUUGUAAUAUUUAAUGACACACAGGCAUAUCCUGCCUAUAUUAUAACAUUUACUACUUAGACAAUUUUUGUUAUAGGGUUUUCUGUUUGUAUAUGGUGAGACUUUUUGUGAAUUUUGUAGAUAAAGUGGUGUUUCUUUUUUUAUGAAAGACAUGAUACGUGUAUAUACAAUGAUUAUUCUAAUUUGUUCAGAUCUAAAUAUACUUUUUCUGUUUAAUUCCACAUUAUAACAAAUCGUGUAAUAUUUGUAUGUUAACACAUGUAUGUUUGUGAGUUGUUGUUGUUUUUUUGCAUUGAUGUUAACAAUGUGCCAUUUAGCUGACUUGAUACUCGAUUAAGGGAUUAAAUGUUUUAUUUCAGAUAUCAGAUAGUAAAUGCAUUGUUUAAGUUAUGAAGAAUGAAUUUGCUAGAUUUUUCACAUUCCUUUUAUAUCUAAAGCUUGUAAGACGGAGGAAAGAGUUCGCUUAAAAAGAUUUUCAAUUCUAUAAAUGUUAGAUAUGCGUAUAAAAGUUUGUAUUCUUAAGACACAAAAAUAAGCUAAAAUGGUUAUAGGUAUGAGCAUAUAAAAAGGCUAGCAAUUAGCAUAUUAAUAUUUAGAGAGCCUUGAUUAACUGUGUAUUUCCAUUUUCCAAUUAUGAAAAUUAAGUAGAAAUAGUUGCUUUUUAUAAAAUAUAUUCAUUCGAAAUAUUCAAAGCAACGAAAAAUCCAUCUAGUAAAUGCUUGUAUUUAUUAAAAUAAAAAAUUGUUGUGAAUACUAAUUAUAUAUCUUAAAGAGCGCAAAUCACUUGAUUUUAAAUAAUCAUUUACAUUCAUUUUAUACAUAAAUAUAACAGUUAAUAUGCCAAAAUUGACAAUAUAACCAUUUCUCACUUAUUAACAAAGAAAAUAUAGUUGAUGGAAUAGAAAAGUUAAUAAUAUUUUGACCAAACAAGCAAACAAAAAAGAAAAUGAACUGUGACUAUCCACACAUUUCUAAAACAAAUUUAAUAACACUUUUUUGUGGAUUUUGACCAUAAAUUUGUAGGUAUCUUACUUAAAUGUUAGACUUUCAAAUUCAAAUUAAAAGAAUGAACUCAUAACGAUUAUGUCAGCUUUGGUUUUCCUUUUGUUAAUGUAAAGUGCCACGACCAUACAUCUAGAAAACAAAAAUAAUGAUUUGGACAUCAAUGGAUAAUGUCUUAUCUACUAGGUGUGCAUAUAUGUAAUUUAUGACUGUUAUAUAAUUGCAUGUACAAAUAUUAAUAUUUCUUUGUUUAUCUGUUUCUUACUGGUAUAUGUAUUAUUAUAAAAAAUAUAAUUCUUCUUGUUUAUUUUUGUGAAUUAUGUAAUGUAAAAACUUUAAUUUUGUACUUCUGCUAUUCAUGAUUUUGCUUUUUUUUAACCAGAUAAAUUAGUGAUUGUAUUGAAUGUAAGUAAUAAUACUUGAGUUAAAGUGAAUAUAAACGUAAUCACAUAAACACAUAAUCACAUAACACCUCUUAGAGAUGUUAUGAUUUUUUUACGUUUGAUUUAUACUGAAUAAAUUGAUUGAACUUAUUUGUUUGAAUAAGAUUAUACAUACAUUGAUGUGUACUUGUAGGGAAUUGAUUUCAUUUGUAUGGUUGUGACGUUUCUUCUGUAAACAAAAUCACGUGUAUAUACUUAUUUUUUAUUGCUAUAAUUGUAUGAAACUGGUUCUGACGUUGAUAAAUCCCAUGAAAAUAAAGCUACUUUUAUUAUUUAAGUUAUAAAGAUUUUUGUCAGGUUAUAUGGCCAUGCAUAUAUUUGGAAAAGGUCAAAUUGCAACCCUUUAUAUUCGGUCAUAUAACCUUCCAAGAAUUUUUAUAACGAAUUUUUAUUACAGCAAACUUUUUUUUUAGAGUGAUAAGGUUAGAUUGUUUCCUCAAUUGAAGCAAUUGUGCAUAUAAAACUAUAUAACCCUCUCGAUUAUUCAACGAAAAGCGACGUUACAAACAUGCAGCAUUAUAUAAUGGAUAAUUUUAAAGUAAUUAUGUGUAUGAAAAUGAUACUUGUUGAUAGUGGUUAUAUAUUUAUAUGGCAUUGGCUAUGAUUGUAUUCUAAAGACAGUGAUCAUACUUGUGUGAAAUGAUUUCUUGUAUCGUAGACAUUAUGGUAAUAUUGUAGUAUGUUGACAUGUAAACUUGUGAUUGUUCUUCAAUGACUGUGAUUAUACUUGUAUAACAGUAACUGUGCUAGUAUUAUUGUAGUAGUAUAUUUCUUUAAUUGUUGAUUAUAUAUUGUAUGAAAGUAAUAUUAAUUAUAUGGCAUUGAUUAUUUUUGUGUAACAGAUGUUAUUCUUACAAUUUGCAUGAUUGCUUUAAUACUUUUAAAGCAUUGGUUAUGCUUAAAUUUUUGCUGUAGAUCUAGUUGUUUAAGAAUUAUUAUCGGUCUCAGGCCUGAGUGGUAAAUAUUUUUUGACCAGUGUUAAAUGCCCGAUUAACACCGCUUAGACCGAUAUUAUUUCGAUUCUAUGUUGGCAAAAUAAGGUAGGUUACCAAUGCUCGUUUUGGAGAGAUUGUUUCCGCUGACGAUUUUCGAAUUGAGCUGUUCGAUUUUGCACCCUUUUGAAGCUUAUGUAUAUUUGAUUAAACAAAAGAAAUGGUAAUAAAAAUUGCUUCACCUAAUAAUUCAUGAAAUUUAAAAGUUGCAUGUCAAUUUGGAUUGUAUUUGGUUUACAUCAAUGCUCCAUUAAUCAUAAUAAUCCCCCACCCUUGCUCGUUUAAAAUGUCAUUCUGGUACCUUCAUGAAUGAGAUGCUGUUUGCGAAUUGCAUAUAAUUUAUAUCAACUGAUAUGGAGAAAACUAUGGUCUUACCGUAUAUAAGAUGACUUGUAUCAUCAAAUGAAAAGAACACAUAUUAAGAACGGAAAAUGUCGAUGAAAAUGCGUUAUUGUUAAUGUCUUAAAAGGCUUUGUUUAUCCCUGUCAUCGGAGGGAGAAUAUGUAUUAAAAAAACAGCCGCAUAUACAUGUAGUCCAUAACCAGUGCUUAUUGUCUGUUUAAUACCGUUUGCUUUCAAUCUCUUCUUUAUGUAAAGUGACUAUAUCACGAGGCGUGUUAGAAUACUACUUAGUGUCCAGCUUUAUUUGUCAUCCAAUGAUAACGCUGUAUUUCUUAAAAAUUAUGUGUGUUAAUUUUCAUAGAAGAAAGAAAGUCGAUACUAUAUUGAAAUCCUUUCAUAGUCGCCUUCUAUUUUUCAUAGUGCUUCAUAGUAGCGCAUAGUGACGUAAUCAAGGGCCAAAUAAAGCUUGACACUAAAUAUGUUAGUCUUCAUCCUUAGCUGUUCUACAGAAAUUAGAAACAUUCUCCUGUCGCUAUCGCUCCCGUCGAAGUUUCUAAUUUCUGUAGAACAGCACGGAUGAACACUAACAUAUACAUAGUACUAGCAACCAUUCUUAUAUAGAUUUGAAAGUCAUUAUACUAUAGAUACCGUAAAUACGUUUAUCACAUAAACUAAGGUGCAGGUGUGUAAUAAAGUCAUUUGAUAAAACGAUAUUACAUUAGUAAAGUGUAAUAACACUUUGAUGUGACAUAAUUUCCGUUAUAAUUUAUGCAAACAUAGCGAUAAAGCGCGCUUAUGUUAGUGUAAGGCCGGUAUUCCAUUCAUACGGGAGCGCGACGUGAACGUUUAACGUGUGCGUGAAACAUGAACGUGAGGCGUGAGUUUUCACGCCCACACUAUUCCAUUCAUCCGGUUAGUGUGAAAGCAAUUGUUUAUAAAUAUGCUUGAUAACUGGGUAUUUUUAAUGUAUUUAAUGCAAAAAAAAAAUGUUUCAAGUCAUCCGUAAUGACAAAAAAAAUGUAAAUUAUGUAAUUUCAACAGAAUUGUUAUAAGCAUGCUUGCAAAAAGUACACACACUUAAAUUAACAUUGUUUUGCAACUGAAAUUAAUUUAUGUUAGGCGUACUUUCAAGCCAAGAAUGUUGAGUCAGCAGUUGUCUGCAACACCGGUCUUUGAUGUCUGUGUCCUUGUAAUCCUUUAGGGACAGGUCGUACAGUAUAGGGCAUUUCCUAAGUGCUUUAAUAAGUUUUCCGUUGCAUUUACCUUUCAUGGUGGCUCCUCGUCCGUGAAUGCCGUGAACGCGAAAAAUCACUACAAGUAGCGAUCGGUUUCACGCUCGCGUUACACAGUCACCUGUCAUAAAUUCACGUUUCACGCUCACGUCGCGCUCACGCCGAAAAGGAAUACAUACACUAGAAAAUCGUUUGUUUAAUUUUUCACGUUCGCGCUUCACGUUCACGCUACACGUUCCCGUAUAGCUGGAAUACCGGCCUAACACACGGCGCGUCAGUGAAAGUGGCUCAUUAACAUUUUAAACCGUCCUUUUUUAUAUAUGUAUAAAUAGAAUAUUAUAUUCAUGUUGAUUCAUUACUAAAUUUAGUAAACUCGUUGAAUAAAACAUUUUUUGCUCGCCAGAUGAUUUGAUUAACCUACACACCUUCAAUAUCCCCUAUAAUCAAAGCACAGAACGCGCUGAAUUUGUUUGGGUCUCAGAAUGUCAGAAAGGUGAAGGUUGUGAGAUUAUAAACCAAUUUGUUUGUAAAGUGUCACCAAAUUUUGUUUCCAGUGUUAUAAAUAUAGUAAAUUGGCUAUAAGACUAAUUGCAACACUGAUAUUCAAUUCAAUGUUUAUUUGGCUUAAUCAAUUAAAAAACAAACAAACAAAAACAAAACAUGAGUUGCCUGAACUGGGAUUUGAAUUCCGGACCUUUCGCUUUUAAAGCGAGCUUGUAUACUCCUCGACCACGGCUAGUUAUAAGAUAACAGUCUGAAGAAUACCAUAUUAUUCUUAAUUAGAGUUUGUAACCCUAAUUAAUGUCGAUAUAUUUUGUUCACGGUAAACCUGUUGUUUAAUACUGAUGUAAAUAGGCAUGGAAUGAAUAUAAGCUUGUAUAUCUAUAAGAAUAACACAAUAUUUGAAAUCUUCGACCAAUCGGGAACUAUUUUUUCGUUACGGAAAUUAAUUUGCCCUUUACGCAGUGAUCUCCCCUUAAUUUUUCGGCGUCAAUGUACAUAUAAAAGGAAGUAACCGCUUCGAGGAGUUUGGACUACUUUCGGCAUUUGCAAAUAAGAAGAUCAGGGUCUGAAAUUUCGCUACC